UGAUGAUUCAAAAUAGAGUGGAAAGUAAAAACUGUAACUGGCGGGUUUUCUGAGAAACCAGUGAAUAACCUGACAACAACUUUACUAGCAAAGCACAAAAGGCUUGGCACGAGGAAACAUGAUUUAUGGAGUGUUCAGUUUUGGGUAGCCAAAAGGAUUUUGCCAUGUCAUUUUCCUUUUGCUCUCAGACAGCAUUUGUAGGGCCUGUCCAACAUUAGUCUAUUACAUUCUUACUGGAAGCCAUUCUUCUGGUAUGACCCAUUUUGGCCUUGAAAAUCACAUUACCUUCUUUUUGUUCAGUAUGAAUGACACUGGAGAGUGACAAGUUGAGAGAGAUAAGCCACAAUACCCAUUUGAAACUUAUCUUCCCUAGAGCAUAUUAGUGUAGAUCUUGAGGAUAUAUUGAUUUGAAACAGAGGAGCCCCACGGGGUAACAUUCAAAACCUACCCUUCCACUAUAGAUCCAUCUAGGAGAUGGGCUCCUUUAGGAUCAGAUGAUCAUCACAAUGGUCAACAUCAGUUUACAGUGAUUUGUAUGAAAUCUGUAGGAAUUGGAGAUACCACUACCGCCCAUAUUUGCAUAUAAAGGAUCUCAUGAGGGGCAGAGCAAACACAAAGUUGAGACUGAGAGUACUCCUCUUGUGAAUCAUAUCAGUGCCCAAGUAGGGAUAACUGAUAAGUUUUUCUCUUUGAGAGUAAGGAAAGUCAAGUGAAAGGAAACAGACUACAGAGAGAACCAGUCUGUUCAUGUUCAUGUCCUAAUGGCCCAUCAUGGAGAGUUGAAUUCAUGCACAGGAGGAAAAGUCCAAGUAGUUGAUUAUAAGGGCAAUCCUGUAGACAAGACCAAAACUGGGGGAUGGCUACGUGCACUUUUGAUACUAGGAAUUGAGCUAUGUGAGCGGUUGACAACUUUGAGCAUAGCAGUAAACUUGGUAACAUAUUUGGUGAAUACCAUGCAUCUUCCUAGCCCACAAUCUGCAAAUAUAGUGACAAACUUCCUAGGGACUUCCUUCAUUCUGUGCCUUUUUGGAGGUUUUCUAGCUGAUUCCUUCUUGGGAAGAUACUUGACCAUUGCUAUUUUUGCAACAGUUCAAGCUUUGGGAAUUGGUGUUCUGACAAUCUCCACUACACUGCCACAACUGAGUCCUCCUCCAUGCAUUCACAAUCAGGAUUGUCAAGCCGCAGAUGGUGCGCAGCUUGCUGUUCUCUAUGUAGCUCUGUAUCUCAUUGCAUUGGGUACUGGAGGUCUGAAAUCCAGUGUCUCUGGCUUUGGAGUUGAUCAGUUUGAUGAAAAUGAUGAAAAAGAGAGGAGUCAUAUGGAUUACUUCUUUAACAGAUUCUUCUUCUGCAUUAGUUUAGGAUCUCUGCUUGCUGUGACAGUGCUUGUGUAUAUCCAAGACAAUGUGGGAAGGAGCUGGGGGUAUGGCAUAUGUGCAUCCUGCAUGCUGCUGGCCAUCAUCAUUUUCUUAGGAGGAACAAGGAAGUAUAGAUUCAAGAAGACCACUUCAGGAAGCCCACUGGUUCAAAUUGCUCAAGUGUUUGUAGCAGCUUCGAGAAACAGGAAACUGAAAUUGCCUGCAGAUGACAGCCACUUGUAUGAUGAUGCUGGUCCAACAUCUCCAUCCCACAGGAGGACACCCCAUACACAUCAGUUCAGAUUUCUAGACAGAGCCGCCAUAGUAGACUUAUCAAUGGAGGAAGCAUCCUAUUCGAGUCCGUGGAGGCUGUGCCCAGUGAGAAGAGUAGAAGAGGUGAAGACAAUAAUCAGAAUGCUGCCAAUAUGGGCAACCACAAUAAUGUUCUGGACCACCUAUGCUCAGAUGGUUACUUUCUCAGUAGAACAAGCUUCCACCAUGAAGAGAAACAUGGGCAAAAACUUCGAGAUCCCUGGAGGCUCCUUGACAGUAUUCUUUGUGGGUGCAAUCCUACUCACACUGGCUUUCUAUGACCGCCUAAUCAUGCCCCUGGCGAGGGGUUGGACAGGCAAACAAGGAGGUUUCACAACACUCCAGAAAAUAGGAUUUGGCUUGGCCUUAUCAGCUUUAGCAAUGGCUGCUGCAGCACUUACUGAGAUGAAGCGUCUCGAUGAAGUGAAACAUCACCAUCUAUGGGACAAGCCAAAAUCCACAAUUCCCAUGAGUGUAUUUUACCUUAUUCCACAGUUUUUUCUGGUUGGUGCAGGAGAAGCCUUUGUCUAUACAGGGCAAUUGGAUUUCUUCAUCAGGGAAUCCCCUGAUGGUAUGAAGACAAUGAGCACUGGUCUGUUCUUGACCACUUUAGCCCUUGGGUUCUUCCUCAGCAGCCUUCUGGUGUCUAUUGUUAAUCAUGUGACCAUGACUCACUCUAAACAGGGCUGGCUCUCUGACAAUUUGAACAGGGGAAGGCUAGAUAAUUUCUACUGGUUGGUUGCCCUAAUGAGUCUACUCAACUUGGUUGCAUACUUGAUAUUUGCAAACAGGUAUACUUACAAGGAAACAAGGAACAGCACACAAGGAAAACCAUCUACUGACAAUGGUGAGGGGUUGCAGUUGGCAAAGUCCACUUCAGCUGAAAAGGAGUGUGUAGAGGGAAGUAUCUAGUACAUCUUUGAAUGACAAAACAUAGAGAAAAAAUUCAAGAUGUAGAGAGACUAGAUUUCCACAGUCUAUUGUGAUUCCUAUCUUUUGUUUAUGUGAUUCUUAUCUUUUGUUUA